CGGUGAACACGAUCGCUGUCGUCACCGCCUUGGCACGCUCCUUACCAUUCAACGUGCCCCAUCUUCACGCGAAGGUCGGCUGUGCGGCGCAGAAAUGUCAUUUUUAUUCUCCUUUUUCCGAAAGAAUACAGAGGAUGACUACGAGACAGUCCUAUCUUUGUUGGCUGUAGACAUCCAGAAACGCCAGACCAAUCUUGCGGACAUACGACUUCGUGAACGUCGGUCGACACUGUUAGUGACGCUGUAUACGUUUGUGGCAUGGGUCGUCUAUGUCACUUUGUGGUAUACAGGAGCCUUGCCAAGUCUCUCUGGAUAUUACCAGAAUUUGAGAGUGGAAAAGGCAGUGAAAGGGUUACCGGUUGUCGUUGGUCCCAUCAUCAUCUUGUUCAUCAGGCGAAUUGUGCAAAUUUGGUAUACUCGUAAAGGCGAUGCAGAAGAGAAAACGUUACAAAAUUUAAUGAAGGAGCGACGGACGAAAGUAGAGGAGAUCAAGAAGAAGACCAAUUACUACUCCACAUGGGAACUGCUGCAACGCUACGAUGAAAAUUCGCCCGCAUCAUCUCCUCUUCGCCAAAGGAUCGUUGCCCAGCCUCAAGGGUCGCCCAGUACCCCCACGCGACCCAUCAGUAAUGCUGAGUCUUCCGCAUUGAACACACCCCAAAACCGAGCUAUCGCGUCUCCCCAGCCUCCCCCUGGUCCUUCACGGAAACAGUGGUACGACAAACUCGCCGAUGCCGUCCUUGGAGACGACGACCAAGCACGGUUUGCAUUAAUCUGCGAGCAAUGCUUCGCCCACAACGGCCUAGUCAAAGAGAGUGUCUGGGAAGAUACUCAAUACGUUUGUCCGAAAUGUAACCAUUUCAAUGCGUCUCGUCGUUCGAAAAAGCAGGAUGUUCGACCUCCGCCUCAGGCUGUUGGACCGAGGUCUCCUGUCACACACGUGAUACCGCCUAUGCCACCGCAUGCUAGCCAAAAGCGACAAGUAUCGCCGACGCAGGAGCCAAGAGAGCCUGUGGAGCCAGAGAGCAAUUUGAUGGAGGUGGAUCACUCUUGAGUGAGUUCUGUUCGUUGACGCACUUAUCUCUAACGAUUUUGCGCCAAGAAAGUCAAUUUUGAAAUUCCGUAGCUCGUCAAAGGAUGUUAUUUAUGUUAAUAACCAGAGUGUAGCCUUACUUUCGUACUAUCAUUCACUAAUCCAUUUGUUGAAUACCUGCCAUCAGUGGCCG